AUGCAAAUUUUAAUAUCACUUUAUCGUUUAACAAGGUACGACGACAGACGCGGAGGGCGCGGCGGUGGACGUGGUGGUCCUAGGGGCGGUCGUGGAGGCAGGGGUGGGUCUAGAGGAGGUCGUUCUAGUGAUCGGUCCCAAGACAGGGGAAACAGAUUCGGCGGCAGUCGAGGGGGACGAGAUGGUGGUAGGGGAGGCAGUCGGGGAUUCGGUGGACGUGAUCGAGGUGGCCGAGACGGCAGGGAUGAUUUCCGAAGCAACUUCAAGAACGAACAACCAGGGGGAGCGCUUCGUAAAAUUCGUUGGGAUACUAUUACGCUUACUCCAUUUCAAAAGAAUUUCUACAAUCCUCACCCUAAUGUUCAAAUGCGCUCGAUGGCAGAAGUGGAAGCUUAUAGAAGCCAGCACCAGAUUACAGUUAAAGGUCGUGAUGUCCCUCCACCAAGUGUAUAUUUUGAAGAGGGUGGCUUCCCUGACUAUGCAAUGAAAGAGAUUCUAAAGCAAGGCUUUCCACAUCCUACACCAAUUCAAGCGCAAGGUUGGCCAAUUGCUUUGUCUGGAAGAGACAUGGUUGGGAUUGCACAGACGGGUUCAGGAAAGACUCUUGCGUACAUUUUACCAGCUAUUGUCCACAUUAUUAACCAGCCAAGAUUAUUAAGGGAUGAGGGACCAAUUGUUCUAGUCCUAGCUCCUACUAGGGAGCUUGCUCAGCAAAUUCAACAGGCUUUGGUAUCCAUGAAUGGGGACACAGUUGACCGAGACAGAAUGCCAGGCCCCAUGGACGUUGUGGCAACUGAUUUUGGUCAAAAUGUGCAAGUGCGCAAUACUUGUAUAUUUGGUGGAGCUCCAAAGGGGCCACAGGGCAGAAUGUUGGAACGGGGAGUCGAGAUUGUCAUUGCAACGCCAGGAAGACUUAUUGAUUUCUUGGAGAAAAACACAACAAAUCUGCAACGCUGUACCUAUCUGGUGUUGGAUGAAGCAGAUAGGAUGUUGGACAUGGGUUUUGAGCCGCAGAUAAGAAAGAUCAUUGAGCAAAUACGGCCUGAUAGACAGGUUCUGAUGUGGUCCGCGACAUGGCCCAAAGAGGUUCAAAACUUAGCUGAAGAAUUCCUCGUAGAUUACAUACAGAUCAACAUUGGUUCACUUUCUCUCUCUGCUAACCACAACAUUCUACAAAUCGUCGAUGUCUGUGAGGAAUGGGAGAAAAAUGAUAAACUGCUUACUCUGCUUAAUGAGAUUUCAUCAGAAGAGGAGACCAAAACCAUUAUAUUUGCAGAAACAAAGAGAAAGGUGGACGACAUAACAAAAACCAUCAACCGGGCGGGUUGGCACGCGCUCGCCAUUCACGGCGAUAAAAACCAACAGGACAGGGAUUACGUUUUAGGACAAUUCAGGCAAAACCCGGGUGCGAUAUUAGUCGCUACCGAUGUAGCGGCUAGAGGACUUGACGUCGAGGAUGUGAAGUUCGUGAUAAACUACGACUAUCCAAACAAUUCUGAAGACUACGUGCACAGAAUCGGACGUACGGGACGCUCGCACAACACCGGGACAGCGUACACGCUCUUCACGCCGAAUAAUUCGGCCAAGGCAAAGGACCUAAUGUCAGUGUUGUCAGAAGCUAAUCAAGUGGUGAACCCUCGAUUGUUGGAACUGGCACAAUGCGGCACAGGUUUCAAAGGAAAGGGGUUCAGUCGUGGCGGCAGUCGGUACCGUGACCGUGAUAGUGACUCUGGGCGUGGUCGCGGCAGGGGAAGGGAUGGAGGCAGGGGGAGCAGGGGAGGUAGACCGGAAACCAGAGGCUCCAGGUGGGACAACAACGACUCGAAUGGCCAAUCCAGCUUCAACAGGGAAGACGGUUUCCAGCGCCAGAGUUUUGGACGUGACCAGAGCCGGGAGUCAUUCCGCGGGCGUGGCAGGGGGCGCGGUCGCGGAGGGUUCGGUCAGGGCUUCGACCAGGGACAGCAGGGCUUCCCCGAUCAGACGCAAGGAUACCAGCCGAGUAGCUAUUAUAAUAUGUACGGGCAGCAGGCUCAAUAG